AUGAGCAAAAGAACGGGUCGUAAACCAAAACGUGAACGUACGUCAAGGCGUCGUACUAGGCGACAUUCGUCUACGUCUGGAACAUCGUCAGAAGAUGCGCCACCCCCCAAAGUUGGCAAAACUCGAGCUACUAGCAGAGUUGAUGAGAGUGAAAGGAAGGUUGCACUAACAAUAAAACUGCCUAAGCCAGAAAGUAAUGAUUGCAGUGAAGAGAAUACCACUGGUAUGUGGAAGGUUGAGUGUUCCAAUGGAUCAGAUGGCGAUAUUCAGAAGUUAAAAAUUAGUUUGAGGCGCUCGCCUAAGGAUUUACUUAGAGAGCAGGCUGCUGAAGCUAAAUAUUCAGCUGAAAGGAAAGAAAAAGAAGAAGCCUCGGGCAGUUCAACAAAUCCGUCUAUGUUGGAUGGUAGCGUUACAAAUUAUUUAGAACAGUUUGGUAGUACUGUGGCUGUUGAAGAAAGUGAACAAAACAUAGUUGAUUCUAGUGAACAAGUGCAAGUUGUUAUCCCUCCCAAUGAACCAUCAUGCAAUCAAGAAAAUAUUGAUGAUCAACAAAUAGACAGCGUUGAAGUAUCAUCUAAAUGCAUAACACCUGAUGAAGAAUCUAUUGUAGAGAAUAUCUCUACUGAUGAACAACUUGGUGUAGUACUAAUAGUUGAAGAAGUUACAGAAAAUGAAAUUGAUGGAGAAGUUUUAGAACCAACCAAUCCUAUCAAUUCAACAAAAGAUUUUCCAGACUCUACAGUCCGUCCACCCAUAGAUGAAUGUAAUAUUCCAGAACCGGUUUUAGAAGAGAAUUGUGUAACUACUGGAGAAGUUAUUGAUAUUCCAAUAGCUUUAAGUGAAAAGAUUCAGGAUAUUGUACCAGAAUCUAUUAAAAGUAUAGUAAAUGAACCUGAAGUUUUAGAAAUUUCAUCAAAUGUUGAGAUGAAUAAAAUAGAGGAUAACCCAAUAAUAGAAGUGUUCAAUAAACCUGAUGAGAUCAAUGAUUCAGAACAAAUGGAAGAUGUUGUACAAUUAACUGUUGAAUCACCAGACUUAGUUGAUGAUGAAGAUCCUAAACCAAUCGACGAAGAAACUAAACUAGUUGACGAAGAAGAACGUAAACCAGUCUAUGAAGAAGAAUCCAAUUCAAUCAACGUAAAUGAAACUGAAUCAGACAAUGGAAUAGAAUCUAAACCGCUUAAGGAAGAUGAAUCUAAACUAGUAGACAGAAAAGAAACUACAUCAAUUGAAGAAUCUUAUAAUGUUCUAUCAUCAGAUAUACCUAAUAUAAAACAGGUUGAUGAUGAAAAAGAAUUAAAUGAAAUGCCAAAACUAUUGUCUUCACACCCUAAACGUAAAUGGGGCUCUUGUAAAACAAGAACACCUAUAACGAUAAGUCCAUUUACUUUAGGUACUAUAAUAGAAUCUAAUGGGGAUUCUAUUGCUGAUAAUGGUGAGUAUCGAUCAGAAGAAGGAGAAAUACAAAAGACAGAUUCAGACGACGAACAAGAUGUCGAAGAAGCUAUGGAAAUUAAUGAUACUAUGUUAAUUGAUCACGAAGCGGUUGAUUAUGAAGCACCAGAAGAAGAAGAGAAACCUUUCAUAGAUAAUGAUGAUAAUAAAUCUGAUAAGUCAUUGGCAGAAGAAAUAAAUGAAGUAGAGACAAAAAAAAAAUCUUCUGUAAAGCGUGUCACAACUACUAGUGUAAUUCGUAUUACAAACCUUGUCAGGCCAUUCACUGUUGGUCAACUAAGAGAUUUGUUACAAAGAACAGGAAAAAUAGUUUCUAAUGGAUUUUGGAUAGAUACAAUUAAAUCCCAAUGUAUUGUUGAGUAUGAAAAUGAAGAUCAAGCCAUUGAAACUGUAUAUGCACUCAAUGAUUCCCAAUGGCCUUCGACCAACCCUAAAUUUUUGAGAGUCGUUUUUACAAAUAAAGAAGAAUUAAAUAAAGCUCUGAGUGGAACUCAUCCAGACCGAUUAGAUAAACAAAAAGAGUCUAAAGUAGAAAAACUUAGAACCCAGGUAGAAAAUAAUUUUAUUUUACGUGAAUGGGAUAGAGGCAAGUUGGAAGAUAUGAAUGGUGAUGGUGAAAAAGAUGAUAAAUCUAUUAAAAGAAAACUAUCCGACGAUCCUCAUGCUAUAAAAGAUAAAAAAUUAAAGAAGGACGAAAAAGAUCUACAAGAUAAACGCAAGAAGUCAAAAUCCAAAACACCAGAUCGUAUUCCUACAAAAAGUUUAGACGAGCUUUUUCGAAAGACCAAAACUACUCCAACUCUUUAUUGGUCUCCACUUUCUAUUGAACAGAUUGCGGAGAAAGAAGACCAACGACGUAAACAUCUUGCAGAGAUGGAACGGUCUCAAAAGACUGACCGUAGGAGACGAGGAGAUAACCUUCAUUAUCCUAAGAGACGUUAG